UCUCGAAACCUUUCGAACAGUCUUGAUCGAAGAGAAGUGAACUUUUCUCCUUCCUUCCCUGGUCGCCCUCAUCCCGGAGAGCAAGAACCAACCUAGGCCAAUUUUUCUACCGUCAAUCAUCCGUCAAUCAUGAAGGUCUUCAAGGAUCUGAUCAGUGGGGAUGAGAUGUUCACUGACUCCUACAAGUAUGAGGUUGUCGACGAUGCCUUUUACAUGGUGAUCGGAAAGAACACUACAGUAACUCAGGGUGAUAUCCAGCUUGACGGUGCUAAUCCUUCAGCGGAAGAAGAAGAUGAGGGCACAGAAUCCAACAGUGUCUCUGGUAUUGACGUUGUCAUAUUUAUGCGCCUCCAGGAGACUGGCUUUGGAAACAAGAAAGACUACCUUACCUACAUGAAGGAAUACAUUAAGAGUUUGAAGAGCAAGCUAGAGGGAACCCCAGCUGCUGACAAGCUUCCUGCUAUCCAGAAACCCCUAGCUGAAUUGCUUAAGAAAUUCAAGGACCUUCAGUUCUUCACUGGUGAAUCCAUGAACCCCGAUGGUAUGGUUGCAAUUGGCGACUACAAGGAGAUUGAUGGUGAAGAAAGACCUGUAAUUUACUUCCCUAUGUUAGGUCUAGAAGAGGAAAAACUUUAGGUUACAUUGUAAUUUAAGAUCCAGUAUUCCAGUCAUCCAUUAACAUCGGAACAUCAAUCUCAUGUUGAAUUAGCCUACGUUAUUGGUGUCUUGUUUUAAUUUAAUAAAAUUCCAUCUUA